UUAAACUUCACUCCAACUGCAGGAUUAAGGACGUGCAACAAAGCAACGAAGGAAGGUACAUCUGCAAUGCCAUGACAGGGGACAGGUUGAGCUCCAGAGACUUCGUCAUCCUUCAUGUCAGAGAUGUUCCUAGCAUCUCAGUGAGGAUUCGGGCCAACAAGGAGGUUGUCCACAUGGGUGAUAGCCUGGACCUUCACUGUGUUGUGACGGGAGAUGGCGCUGCUUCUGUGAAGUGGACCAAGCUCGCAGCUGAUGAUCACUUUGCUGAAAAUGUGCGAGUGCGUGGUGCUGUCCUCUCGGUGAACGGCGUUCGCCCUGAAAAUGGUGGUGUCUACCGCUGCUCUAUUGACAGCCCUGCUGGCACACUCAAUGAUGACUACGUCCUUGCCAUUGAAGAAACCCCAACGGUACCGCCCAAUGAAGUGGAGACCAGGACUAUUCCUUAUGGAUCAACUGUCGUCUUGGACUGCCGCCACAACUUGGAGCCUCCCGUUGCCUACAGCUGGACACGUGACAACGGCGAUAUUCCCCACAAGGCUUUGCCUCGUGACAGCACCUUGGUCGUACCAGACGUUCGUGCCAGUGAUGCAGGCACCUACAUCUGCACAGCUAAGAGUGAACGUACCACACUGGAAGUUCCAACAAUUCUUGUUGUCACUGGUUUGCUUCCACGGUUCACUCAGGCUCCUCUUUCUUACAUGAAGUUGCCAACCAUUGUGAAUGCCUACAUGGGUUUUGAAGUCCAGAUAACAUUCAAACCUGAAAAGGAUCACGGGCUACUUCUGUAUAAUGGCCAACAAGAGGAUGGCAGUGGAGACUUCAUAUCUGUAGGUCUGACCAAUGGCUAUGUGGAGUUCCGCUUUGAGCUAGGCUCAGGAGUUGGAUACCUGAGAAGCCACCAGCCAGUGCAGAUGGACACCUGGCACACUGUUCAGAUCAGCAGAGAAAAGAAGGACGCCAAACUUACUGUUGACGAUCAGUCAGAAGUUACCGGAACAUCUCAGGGACGGAUGAUGGGGUUGGACUUGACUCAGCCUCUGUUUGUGGGGAGCGUGCCAAGCUUCGACAAAAUCUCGCGUGAUAAUGGCUACAACAUUGGCUUCGUGGGCUGCGUGAGUGAAAUCAAGUUUGGCAGCCAUACCUUGGACUUGGUGAAGGACUCGGAGCAAGUGGGCACUACACCAUGUGAGACAUGCUCCCUGAACCCAUGCCUGCAUGAUGGCGUCUGCCAAGAGGCACCCACAGAGGCUGGCUAUCGCUGCAUCUGCCCACCAGGAUUUUCAGGGAGAGAUUGUGAGAAGGUCGGUGAGGCCUGUUACCCUGGGAUCUGCGGUGAAGGUCGAUGCAUAAAUCGACCAAAUGGAGGGUUCGACUGCUACUGCCCUUUUGGACGAACGGGCCUUCGAUGUGAAAAAGAGGUGUCCAUAGUGGAGCCUGCAUUUGCUGAUGAUGCCUUUGCGGCAUACCCAACACCUAAGAGCUCCCAGAACAGUCUGAAGGUGCACAUGAAGAUCAAGCCAAACAACCUGGAUGACUGCCUGCUUGUCUACUGUGCUCAGUACCCUGACCAGAAAGGAGACUUUACCUCCAUUGGAAUCCGCAAUGGAAGUGUGGAAUUUCGUUUUGACACGGGUUCAGGUCCAGCGAUAAUCAGGCAUCCUGAAAGGCUUCGGGCAAAUGAGUGGAUCACUCUGUCUGCAUCAAGGCGUGCUCAGAAUGGUGAACUGGUGGUGAAUGAUGGCCAUAGGGAAGUGGGACGUUCACCUGGUCACACUCAGGGAGUGAAUCUCAACACCCCCAUGUAUGUCGGUGGUGUGGACAAGACCAAAGUCACAGUUCACCCAGAUGCUGGUGUGUCACACGGCUUUGAGGGCUGCGUUGCGCAUAUUGAAGUGAAUGACGUCAGUGUAGACUUGAUAGGUGCAGUGGUAGAUGCAGCAAAUGUGGAUGACUGUGGUGGCAGAGCCCCUUGCGAGAAGAAUCCUUGCCAGAACCAUGGCAUUUGCAGGGAACGAGGCCCCAAAGCAGAUGACUUUGAAUGUUUUUGCAAAGCAGGCUACAGUGGUAGGACCUGUGAGAACCAGGACGACUUCUGUCAGAAAAUUAACCCAUGCCACAACAACGCAGAGUGUGUUGGACUGGCCAACUCAUACAGGUGCAAUUGUCCAAAAGGCUAUAAGGGACCCAACUGUGAAUCAGAAACCACCUUUGAUGAGUGUGCCAGUUUCCAUGGUGAUGGCUGGGUUGCACUGAGCAGGGACCGACUGACGCACGCUGCAAGCAACGUGUCCGAAGUAAUCACGCUCAGCUUCUUGUCAAAGGACCAUGAUGGACUCCUGCUUUUCCAAGGCCAGCCACGUGGUGUCGACGCCAAGGGCCAAGACUAUCUCUCAUUGGCACUUAAAAAUGGCUAUCUUGAAUUCAGCUAUGAAAUGGGAGGUGGCCCUGCUGAGAUUGUGUCAGAAGAAAGAGUUGAUGACGGACAGUUGCAUGCAGUGGAGCUCAGAAG